CCAAAGAUUUUAAUCAGAUAAAAAAACAGACAAUGGUAAAUUCUUGGCCAUAAGGCACCAAUGUGGAUAGUAAUAUUUAAUAUUUAAUUUAUAUGGUAAUUUAAUAUUUAAGAAACAAGAAUCACAUUAAAUAGGAGGUUUUUCCUCAAUGAAAGAACAUUCUAGAUCUAACAUAUUCUAGGUGUGAUAGAAGGACAUUCAAGAUAAUUUUAUUAUUUCAAAGUUCUUGUUUGAGGUGUGAUAAAGGUUCACCUAGAAUAUGCUGCAGCAGUCUAGAUUCCAGCAAGUAAACAUUGAAAAUAAUGAUGGUGACUGGCGAGCCAUCUUGCUACAGUUUCUUAUGUGUUUCUAUAGAAUAACUUUUUGAAACUUGCGUCCAAGAUUCAGUUGAAAUAUUUCGAGAAAUAUUUAAAUUAAAAUUUGACUGAAGUCUUAUACUCUUUGCAUUAUAACCUAGGAUAGAGAAAGAGUUACCUAUUCCAUUCUACUCUUAUUCUAUGAUUAUGCGAUAAUGGAACUUAAACGACGAGAACUGCCAAAAGUUGAGAUCCCCGGAAGCACAAUUUGCUUGGCGCUAGGAAGGAGAAUUGAUGCGGAAGUUAAUUCUAAUCAACAGAUACCAUUGUCGAAUUAAGAUCGGAAAUUUGAAUAGAAACUUCUCUGUGGCUCUAGUUACAUGGAAAGUUUUUGUGUGUUCAUUUUAAAAGUAACUCGCAUGUUGUCCCUGUUAACUUGAAUACACUCACCUGAGCUUUAAUGGAGGCUGGAGACAGAGGCAAAGAAAGAGCCGGGACUUAGGCCUCAGCUAGUCAAAGGUGCAAUUGCAAAUGCUGCUGUUUGAAAAUGGCGCAAAUUAUGAGACCGCCUUGGUAUCAUAAACACAUACGUCGAACGGAAACAGAACAGUUGCUUACAAAAACUGGUGUUAAAGGAGCGUAUCUUGUCAGGGAAAGUGAAUCACUUACAAACACAAAAGUGUUGUCCUUCUUAACUGAAAAUGGUGUUCUUCAUUACAAGAUUGUCAAGAGUGAAGAUGGAAAGUGGUCUCUAGAGACUGCUAAAGAUGUCCAACAGCAACUUUUUGAAUCGAUUGAACAUUUAAUAUCAUAUUAUGAAAUAAAAAGAGACCAGCUCCCAUUACCGUUGACGUUAGCGGUAUCAGAAGAAGGAGCUUCACUUGAAAGUGAUCAAAGCUCUCACGACACAGAUGAUGAGGAUGAUGGAGAUGUUUCAGACGAUCAAAGCAGUGAAUCAAAUGUGACCAAAUUCUUUCUACAACAAAUGGACAUCUUGAAAGGAAAAUCGGCUGAUGCUAACUUUGAGGAGGCUCUAGAAUCAUACAUAAGAAAUGGAUUGACUCACGAUCUCCAUAAAGUCGAGAUGGGUGCAACAAAACCUCCUCGAUUGAACAAAGUUGUCACCACAGAGCUUCAAAAAUCUCUCGAUGCGUUUAGUAAAAAGUUAGACUUUUUGUUGGAGUUAUUCGAUGUUGGGGAAAACGACACCAGAUCGAAAAGAAGAAGUUGCUUAGUUCAAAGUGCACACCAAGCGAAGGGCUCCACAGCAUAUUCAGCUGAUUUCGAAGGCAUAGUCAAUCAACUCAGUGUUUGCAAAUCUCAUAUUGGAAGCAUAGAAACAAAGACCUAUAAAGUAUUGAAAGAUUACAGCGGUAGAAGUCAAGAAGAGGCACUAAUGGGCCACCAAGAGACAUCUCAGGUCAUUCCCAAUAUCGAGCGACCAAAGAGCCCGUUGUCAAGACAUCGGCAAGGAAUAUGCCAAUUUUUCUCGGCUUGUAAAGGGAACAGCAAAACCAAGAUCUGCAUCUCAUUGAACAUGAAAGAGGGGAAAAUAGCAUUUUUAAAGAAUCCAGAGGACUACCAAGAUGCAUCAAACACCGAGGAUCAAGAAAGCAUUGCGCAGCUUCUCAAAGACAAGUCAACCAAAACCAGCCUCGGAAUAACAAUUGGCAAGAAAACUACGACUUAUAAUUUCGAAGAUUUCAAGUCACGUGAACUGUUUUGUCACAUGGUAGAGAGAAUGAAAAACAUGCAUUCGCACUCUCGGAAUGGCGCACUUAAUCAAUUGUCUGUAUUCAUUGGCAGUUGGAAUAUGGGUAACGCUCAGCCUCCAGAGAAUUUGAGUUCUUGGUUCAAAUGUGUAGGCAAUGGUAAGGAAAAGCCCGAAGGAGAGACUGUAGAGAACCCCUAUGACAUUGUUGCUAUUGGAACACAGGAAAGUGGAAUCCAUGAAAAGGAAUGGAUUGCUAAGAUAAAAUAUUUUUUAAAGAAGCUUUUUAACAUCGAUUACGACCUGAUUGGGAGAGGAUCUCUUUGGGAUAUUAGGCUUGUUGUGUUCGUCAAACCCGCCCAUGCAGGCAAGGUUAACAUGGUAAAGCAGUCUGUUGUCAAAACUGGCCUGGCAAAUGCGCUUGGAAAUAAAGGCGCCGUUGGUAUCUCUUUCUAUUUCGGGAGCACCUCGUUUUGUUUUGUCAACGCACACAUGCAAGCAAGAGUUGAGCGUGUAGCUAAACGAAACAGAAAUUUCCACGAUAUUCUUCAAAGCUUGAAUUUAGGCCAACAAGGAGUUUUUGAUAUCUCCAACCAUUUCCAUCAUUUGUUUUGGUUUGGCGAUUUGAAUUAUCGAGUGCAGUCGUUGGAGAUAGUGAAAGUGAUCAAAUUGGUAAUGGUAAAUGACCUGGACACGCUGUUGAAGCAUGAUCAACUACUGCAAGAAAAGGCCGCUGGAAAUGCUUUUUUUGGUUUUGAUGAAGAGAAGAUUACUUUUCGGCCAACUUAUAGAUUUAAGGCAGGAUCUCAUAACAUGUAUAUUUGGUUGAAGAAAAAACCUGGCGCGAAUGUUACAAAUGUACCUUCUUGGCCAGACCGAAUUUUAUGGAAGACUUUUCCAGAAGUCUUUAUACAGAACAUAGCAUAUGGAUCGACUGAAGAUAUAGAAACAAGCGACCAUGCACCAGUGUUUGCAGCCUUCGAUGUUGGGAUACUUUCCCAGUCAGAGGAUAUUAGUUGCCAUAUCAAAUCAGGGCAGAAUACAGUCAUUGAAUUUUUGCACGUUGAGGCUAAGAUACGAACGAGCUGCCAAACUCGAUUCUUGUUGUAUUUUUGCUCGACGUGCCUUGAAGGCCAUCUUGAAUCCAAACUAAAUUCUAUAUCGGACUGGAGAGACAGGAGGCAUUCACAGAAAGAUGAUGCCGUACAUUCAUAUCCUGCUUGGAAAACAGAUGAUAUCCCGAAGCUAAUACCUGCCUUGUCAAAUCAAGGCUACCUUGAGGACCAGCACAUCCAAAUAGCAAUUAAGGGAGAAGAUGGACACGAGUCAUAUGGUGAAUUUGUGCUAUCUGUUAAGAGGCUGAUACGUGGUGGCAUCGAAGAAGUUACCUCCACAUUGACGCAUCUUGGCGAUGAAAGUGGGGAAAUAAGGUUAAUGGUCCGUGCAACCGUCAACCAGCCAAGUCAAAAGAAUGUUGACAUGGUGGUAAAAAAUGUCUCGGAUUUACGAAGUAUUGGAGAAUCAUUGGAAAAUGCUUCCGUGGCGUCAGUUGAUUCCAGCUCAUGUACCACAGAAAAUGUAGAUCUAGAUCAACGAAGGCGGACGAUGCAUAAUUCAACGCUUUCUGGCAACUAUGAAAUUGUAAGCAAUUUCACAAACGAAAAGGAACACGAAGCAACCUUCAGCGCUGCUGACUUUUAUUUUCCUAAAAAGGCUAGUGCUGACCGGGACUCUGGUUCUGCUGCUCCUCCAGUGCCUCCCAAAAAGCGUCUCAGUAGACAGCUUUCCACUCCAAUUUCAACUCAACAGCCUGACUCAACUUCUGAAAUUAUUUGGAUAGAAGAUCCAAGAAUGAGCAAAAGUACACAACACCUUCAACAGCGAUCCGAAAUCGAUGACCAGGAGAGACCCCCACCAGUUCCGAGACGAGCGUCUUCGGUUUAUGCUGCAAUCACUUCGCAACAGUCAGAUACUGCACCAAAGCCAAAGCCAAGAUCACUGAGAUCGCUGCUGAAGAAUAGUCCAACUUCAGUCGAAGACUGGUUGCAACUAAUUAACCUACACCAAUACCAUGACCGGCUGGUUGCUGCUGGCUGGGACGAUCUCGAUUACUUAGAUUUCACGCAGGAUGAUUUACUGGAUGCAGGAGUACACCAAAAAGAGCACAUCGAGCUACUACUGAAGUCUGCUGAACUGUUGAAGAACAAAGCUCUGAAGCACCAAUCAUGAUGAUGGAAACAAUAUUUUUAGCGUUACUGCAAUUUUCCUAUUAACAGGAGGUAGAAUAUUUUCCUUGAAAGAAUUUGUUGUUCAGAACAAUAAGAAAACAGUGAUGAGUUUUUCAUCGAGCGAUGGUCUUGUUUUCAAAGAUUCAUUGGCAAAGUAUAUCAAAAAUCUAAAGAAAAAGCACAGUCUAGCAGGACAAAUGAAGAUUCUAUAUUCGUUUUAAGAUCUGUUCUUAUUGGCUUAUCACCCAGAUCCCUGAUGCUACCUGGCAUGAUCCACUAAGGAAACAAUAUAUGGGAGAUAAAGAACAAGGUUUUGGAUGAAAAGAAGUCAAACGGCGUUUUUGUUACUCUUUUUUCCAUUGUUUUUUAUUUGGUUUUGUACCAUUAAUCCUUUAAAUACACGUACUGUUAGUCUAGCUAUGUCUUUGUCUUCUGAACAAAGCUUGUAACUGACAUCUAAGUGACAAAAUUUCAUAUCUAAAGGUACCAUGUCCUUUUCGGUUUACGAUUUUUCGUGGCUAUACGCAUAAACGACUUUUUGAAUGAGAAAGGCAACUAAGGCUUAAGAUCUUGCAUAUAAAUAAUCAUAAUAUCACAUGACAGGCAUAUUUGUAAAGCAUCAAAUCAGCAACAGAACAGACAGCCUUUAAGCCCUGUUCACACGACACCAAAUAACCCAGGGCUAACUCUGGUUAUAGUAGCGUAGAUAAGAUUUUUAUCCUGUUAAAGCAACUAUCCUUCAAGGUGCGCCCGAGCUAAACUAACCUCGUGUUUUCGGCUCGUUCUGUGUCGAGCCCAGGCUUCUUUCGAUCACGAGCCUCUUCAUAAUUUCGAAUUCGCCAUUGCUCAGACCAGACCAGAUAGAACAUUUCAUUUGUGUUUGCUUUGCUGAAAGUGACUUACAACUGUGCUAAGAAUUGUAAAAUUAGAUCGAGAAAUGGGAGGACGAAUAAAAUUCAGAUUUACUGACAAACAUUUGGAAAACCGAAAAAAUUCAGAAACAUUGAGGCAUUUGUGCUCUUAAGAGACCAAUUUUUGUGAAGAAAUUGCAUAGAGACUAUAAAAAUGGUAGCUUAUUUUUCACGAACCAGAUGGGGAUAAGGUUGAGUAGUGUAAUUGUCCAGUCACCUGGGUUUGUUUUCUUCGUGUGAACAUUUGAAAAUCCAACCCGGUGUAUAUCAACCCGCGUUUGUCCCGCGUUUGUUACUUCUUGUUCUAUGAUCACAUCAAAUGGUAUUGUUGAGUCAUAUCGUUACUUUCAUCUUGAUUUUUGGGCUGUUUUAAGCUUAUGGUUACGGGGGCCUACAGUAGUAUCAAGACUCAGCUCUUUCCUUCCCAUCAACAUAGGUCCAUGUCUUUUACUUAAACAUAGAAAGAAAGAAAGAGAAAAAGACUUUCAAUUGUUUUUAACCAUACUUUCUAAAUUCGAUUUGCAUUUUCAGUUUUUUCGUUUGUGUUUUCAUUACAGAUUUUUUAUAAAAUAUAUUUUAGAACUGUAUAGAAAUAUUAUCCAAUGGAAACGUUGAUUGUGUAGGACCAAACAUACUCAUGUACAUAGGAGUUACAAUGAGAAUUUAGAGCUUAGCGAAUUUCGUACACGGUUAUGUAUUUUGUUUUGAAAAUAAACGACCUACAAUGUCAAA